AUGCUGGACGAACUGGACAAAUCACUGCUAGAGCAGCUCCAGGAGAAGACAGAGGCGCAACACGCUGACGAGCAACAAGUGCUGGAAAGUUUGCGGCGCUUCCAAGAGCGAGCCCCACAGGUGGCUGACCAGAUUAAAGUGGCGGACCUGCUGGCCAAAUGCCGGAAGAAUCUAGAAGCAUCUGGGCUUCUCUUGGAAGACAUGGAGAAGGCGGACGACGAGCAGGAUUCAAUAUCGUGGGAUCAAUUUGCGAUGGAAUUCUACAGUAAUAACGUCUCGGAUGAAGAAGAGAGCUUGUAUCACGAGGUUCGAGAGUAUUUGGCAUUCCUCUUAAAAGAUAUCGAGCAACCGGUCCCUGCAACCGAUGCUACCGCACAAUCUGAAGGUGAGCCUGAGCCAACAGAUGAGCAGGGGGGUGACCAACACUGA